CUGGUAGCAUAUAUCGUCUAUCGGCCAACUAGCAUAACAAAACAAAAUUUUUAACUAGUCGAAUUUGCGACAAUUGUCUUGUUCGCCACAAACAUGAUGCAAACAGUGCGAAUAUUUACAGCAGCCCGCAAUGGACAACGCAUAUUUUGCUCAACCGGCACACGCUUCUUGGCCACCAAGCGAUGCGAACCGCAGGAUAUUGUUUCAGUACCUAAGGGCUAUGUAUAUGUAAACAAUAAGGAAGUUAGCAUGGAAAUGGAAGACAUCACAGAUCGUGCAGCGUCUACGAUAUUUUUGGGCGAGCUAUUCCGCGGAUUUGCCGUUACUCUGGCCCAUAUUUUCAAGGAGCCGGCUACAAUUAACUACCCGUUUGAAAAGGGUCCCCUAAGUCCGCGCUUUCGUGGUGAACACGCUCUGCGUCGCUACCCUAGCGGUGAGGAGCGUUGCAUUGCUUGCAAACUGUGCGAAGCGAUUUGCCCAGCCCAAGCAAUCACUAUUGAAGCAGAAGAGCGUACAGACGGUAGCAGGCGUACAACUCGUUACGAUAUAGAUAUGACCAAAUGUAUCUACUGCGGAUUUUGUCAGGAGGCUUGUCCUGUCGACGCAAUUGUUGAAGGUCCAAAUUUUGAAUUUUCCACUGAGACGCACGAGGAACUGCUCUACAACAAGGAGAAGCUAUUGUGCAAUGGUGACAAGUGGGAAUCGGAGAUUGCAUCCAACCUUCAAGCCGACCAUCUUUACCGAUAACUUAUAUAUUGUAAAUGUUAGAUUUUUGUUUAGGAUGAUUUCCAAUUAAACAGCGCGAUUGGCUCUACCUGCAAUGUUGUAGCUCUAUUAAAUAAAACAACAGCCAUACUUAAAUAAUA